AUGCCAGAAUACGAUGGGCGACACCCGCUGAUUUCCCUGCUGUCCGCUUGUUUCUGGGUUAUGUUAUGGAUGCUGUCGUGGGCAAGAUCUCUCAUUGCAUUCGCGACCAUCACGAUCCCCCGUUUUAUCUACUUCGUUCUCUCAUAUUCGAUGACUUUGACGUUAAACUUUUGGUCAUUUGCUAUCAUGUUCCUCGCCUCCGCUGUUGCGCUUAAUUAUUGGAUACGCUUCCGAUACCUCAACAUUUACUCUCAACUAAGAGAGCCACCCCUGGUCAAGCCUGAUGUCAAUGCUUUACAUCCCGAUGUUAACACCACCGAUCCCCCACCUUCAUUCCAUAACUACUUAGAUGAAUUCUUACAAGCCGUUCGCGUUUUUGGCUUUCUUGAGAAACCAGUCUUCCACGAACUAGCCAGACAUUUGCAAACCAGGCGCUUAAUAGCAGGGGACAGCAUAUCCCUCGAUCAAGACAGGAACUUCUAUUGUGUAAUAGAUGGUACAGUGCAGGUGUUUGCUCGCACGGGCCCAAACGUUCGGCAAAAUGGUUCCUGGGAUGAAGAAGACAUGAACGGAUACCAGUUAAUCAAUGAAGUUGGAACUGGUGGGACACUGUCCAGCCUGUUUAGUAUCCUGAGCUUGUUUACAGACGAGAUAAAGUUGAGCUGGCAGGACGAGCCUGCUGCGUUGUCGGCUCUUAAGUCCGGUGACCAGGUACCGCUUCCAGAACAGACUAGAGUUAGGCGAACGAACUCUGAUGUUUCGCAUGUGACGCUCGAUCCUGAUGCGGAGCAUUUCGUUCACCGGGGUCGAGGGCGGGGAGGAUCGGUUUCCUCGUCUGGUUCAACUGCCCACCCCCGUGAAUUGGCAUCGCCGCUUGCGGACACGGUCUCACCUCAGCGUGUGGACAGGCAGUUCCGCGGAACUACUUCUGAUGCCCGUUCAAAUGUGCAUUCGGACUCAAGUCCGCAUCCGCAGUCGCAAUUCCAUCAUGGCAUUGUCGGAAGAGCCACGGAAGAUAGUACACUGUCUGUCAUACCUGCUGAAGCCUUCCGAAGAGUGACCAAGAAAUUUCCGAAAGCCACUGGUCAUAUCGUGCAAGUCAUUCUUACUAGAUUCUCGCGGGUAACGUUCAGCGCGGCCCACAAGUAUUUGGGAUUGACUACAGAAGUCCUUCGUACCGAGAAAGCCAUAAACGAGAUCGCGUGUCAUCCUUUACCUGCGUCGUUUUAUGAAGGUGGCGGGUUGCAAUACUUGCGACAGCGCUUUGACGAUGUAGCCAUUCAGGGUACGGAUUCAGAAAGCGACUACUUCAGUUACACGACAUCAUCAUCGGUCUCGUUGAACAAAUUGAAGGAUCAUUCUGAAACAUCUUCGUCAAAAGAAAAAAUGGCCGACCCUCCGUUGCCGAUGCGAAGUUUUGGCCAUCGUUCGUCAACUUCGCGCCACCAAGUUCAAGCUGGUGACCUGUUCACAUCCUCUAGUCAAGGAAACAAUGAGAACUUCAAGCCAGUAUAUCGCACGUUUAGUUUUCUGAGCACACCAAAGCUUGCAGCUUAUGACUCCCCUCGGAAUAGUCCCACCGGGGAUGAGUUCGACCUCCGCCAGGAAGUUAUGUCUUGCAUCGCGAAAUCUAUCGGGUUGGUGCAGCCGCCUAUCAGCGGGCCAGAGUCUGGUGAGGGCUCCCCUGGGCUUCCACCUUUUGACCCAGUGCGUCCUGGUACAGGGACGUUCUCGUCCCCCUUCGGCUCUCUUUCUCUCCUUGACGGUGGGGACGAUGGUACGUCGAGUGCAACGGGCGCUUCGUCGUCAAACGUCGCAGACUCCAUGAGUGGUUUAGACAACGAAGUGGAGAUUUUGUUCUUCUCGGCUGGGUCGACGCUAGUGAAGGCUGGAGAACGAAAUACAGGGCUAUACUAUGUUAUAGAAGGAUUCCUUGACAUUCUUCUACCCCUUGAUACACCCAAGGCUCUCACCUCUCAAACUGCUCACCCAAGGUUUUCCGGUUCUGAUACGGAUUCAAUGUGCACGUGUGACCACAGGCAGGAAACGGAAAGCCAGGAAACACGAAAACUUCUCUUCACGGUGAAGCCCGGAGGUAUUGCGGGAUACCUUGCGUCACUUUGUAGCACGCCUUCGUAUGUCGAUAUUCAAGCCAAGACUGAUACCUAUGUUGGCUAUUUGUCGUCGAAUGCCUUGGAACGCUUGGUGGAGAAGCGGCCUAUCGUACAACUUACCCUUGCAAAACGGUUGAUUUCUAUGUUAUCUCCCUUGGUUUUGCAGAUUGACGCUUGCUUGGAUUGGAUGCAAGUUACGGCGGGCCAGGUACUUUGGCGUCCUCAAGACAUCAGUGACAGUUUCUACAUUGUCAUAAAUGGACGGUUACGCGCAAUAACGGAGGGGGAGAAUGGAAAGGUGACAAUCACGGGCGAAUAUGGCCAGGGCGACACCGUCGGAGAACUCGAUGUCAUUACCAAUUCACCCCGCCGAACAACAAUGCAUGCCAUCCGCGACUCUGAGCUUAUUCGCAUGCCACAGACAUUAUUCAAUGCGAUAUCAUCGCGAAACCCUCGUACAACCGCACAGCUUUUGCGGACUAUCGCAUCGCGCGUGCGUGAUGAGCUGGAUACUUCCAGUGUCCAUUUCCGAAAUACCGUGUCUGAAUUGGGUAGGAAUAACACUAACCUCAAGACAGUAGCUAUCCUCCCCGUAUCUCGUCAUGUACCCGUCAACACCUUCGCUCGGAAACUGAAGUCAGCAUUGGAGGAAAUGGGAGCAAGGACGUCAUAUCUCACUCAGGCUUCCGUUUCUGGCCACCUUGGUCGACACGCUUUCUCCAGGAUGGGUAAGCUGAAGGCUGCUGCUUGGUUGGCAGACCUUGAGCAGAGGUACCGCACCGUCCUAUACGUGGCGGAUUCGCCGGUCAACAGCCCUUGGACACAAACAUGUAUUCGUCAGGCGGACUUUGUCAUGGUUGUUGGUAUGGGGGACGACCCUAGUAUUGGCGAAUAUGAGCGUCUGCUGCUUUCACUCAAGACUACGGCCCGAAAGGAGCUCGUGCUCCUCCACCCAGAACGAUCAGUUGUACCUGGCUCAACGAGGGAGUGGCUGAAGGCACGUAACCGGCCUUGGAUACAUCAACACAUUCACGUGGAACUCCCAGGUCUGGUGGUUCCGCUUGCAAAGGUGUCCCAACCACAAGAUCCUGGGGCUGUGGUAGCAUUCAGGAAUCUGAAGGACAGAGUUCAGAGUGAGAUACAGAAGUACAGAGGUGUCCCAAGGCAUGCCCGUCCGCAACGUCAACCCAUGGUCAAUGACUUCUCCAGGCUGGCCCGGAGACUUUGUGGCAGGUCUAUUGGACUAGUUCUUGGUGGAGGUGGUGCGCGCGGGCUAUCUCACCUUGGUUUAAUUCGUGCGCUUGAGGAACGUGGCAUCCCCAUCGACUGCAUCGGGGGCACGAGUAUCGGAUCAUUCAUUGGGGGCUUGUAUGCUCGAGAAUGCAACGUUAUCCUUAGCAGAAGUCGCGCGAAACAAUUUAGUAGUAGGAUGGGUAACAUCUGGAGGAUGUUGUCCGACGUAACCUACCCUAUCGUCGCAUACACGACUGGACACGAGUUUAACCGGACAAUCUACAAGACCUUCUACGACCUCCAUAUUGAAGACAUGUGGCUGCCUUACUAUUGCAACACCACAAACAUCAUCACUUCUCGAAUGGAAAUUCAUGAUACGGGGUAUGCCUGGAGAUAUAUUCGUGCAUCCAUGACAUUGGUCGGUCUAUUGCCUCCUCUGUGCGAUAAUGGCAGUAUGCUUGUAGACGGCGGUUACAUUGACAACCUCCCCGUGUCCACCAUGUUUUCUAUGGGAGCAAGUGCGGUGUUUGCAUCGGACGUUGGCUCCAUUGACGACAAUUCUCCACGAAACUUCGGCGAUUCCGUAUCGGGAUGGUGGCUACUUGUCAAUAGGUGGAAUCCCUUCUCCAGUGCGAGAAGUGUACCAGCUAUUACCGAAAUCCAGAGUCGCCUUGCUUAUGUAUCAAGUGUGAGGACCCUGGAAGAAGCCAAGGUUGCCCGGGGGUGUAUAUAUAUGCAGAUGCCAGUACAGGAAUACGGUACUCUUCAAUUCAGCAAGUUUGAUGAGAUUGAGAGGAAGGGUUACCAAGCCGCAAUCGAGAUGCUCGAUCGUCUGGAAGAGGAAGGGAAGUUAUCGAACCUUCUGCUGAUAGAUGGUCCAAAGGCUGGCAAAACCAAAGCUGCGCGAAAAGGGAGAAGCGCAAGACGCAACUCCGUAUGA